UAGUAGUAGUAGUUUUUAUAAUAAAGCCGAUGAGGUGUGGAUGUAAUUCUGUCUCACCACAAGAUGGCUAAUCACUACCUUUAGUAAAGCUAGCAUGCUAAUGUGAGCUAGAUAGUGAAACUCCAGUGAACAAUAUAGUGACUGGUGGAAAUUUAUGUAAAUAUUCAUUUGGACAUGGUGACCAUAUUUUAGUUCACAAAAAAGAGGACACUAGAGGACAGGACACAAUGUGAAAACAAAGCCAAAUCCUGGACAUUUUAGACUAUUUAGAAACUCCAAUCAGAUCAAUUUUUCAGGUCCUGAAAAGAAGACAUGUGCUGGAAAAGGAGGACGUAUGGUUACGUGGAGGCGAAGUGGAAAAGUGUCCUGUGGUCUGUUAAAUCAACAUCUGAAAUUCUUUUUGGAAAUCAUGGACACUGUGUCCUCUGGGCUAAAGACCAUCAGCACACAAUUCAAAAGCUAGCAUCUGUGAUGGGUUCAUUCACCCUCACUGCUGUACCCGGCAAGAAUUAUGAGCUGCCUCAACUGGAAGUGAGCUGCUUUCCUCCCAAAGAUGAACUGGGCAGGCCUGGAAGUCCUGCUUGGGGGAGUGAGCAAAUACUCCACCGUUUUUGGCCGUGUCUGGCUCUCCGUGGUCUUCAUAUUCCGUAUUCUGGUGUUCGUGGUGGCUGCACAGCCAGUGUGGGGAGAUGAGACCAAAGAUUUUGUGUGCAACACGGCCCAACCAGGCUGCAGCACUGUGUGCUACAACCACAUUUUCCCCAUCUCUCACGCACGUUUGUGGGCCCUACAGCUCAUCAUGGUAACUUGCCCAUCUCUGCUGGUGGUGGCUCAUGUCAAGUUUAGGGAACAGAAGAAUCAGAAGUAUACUCAGUCACACACUGGCAAAUAUCUGUACGCCAAUCCAGGCAGGAAGCGUGGGGGCCUGUGGUACACAUAUCUGAUCAACCUCAUAUUCAAAGCAGCUAUUGAUGGUGCCUUCCUCUACAUCCUGUACUAUGUCAAUGAUGGGUAUGGCUUGCCCAGUCUGUCAAAGUGCAGCCUAAAUCCUUGUCCCAAUACGGUGGACUGCUUCAUCUCCCGUCCAACUGAAAAGAGGAUCUUUAUUAUCUUCAUGGUCGUCUCCUCUGCUUUGUGCAUCCUCAUGUGUAUCAUUGAGAUAAUCUACCUGCUGUUCAAACGUUGUCACAAGUUGCUCCGUAAGCAUCUGGACCAAGAGCACAUGAAGUCCAUUGACGAACAUGAGCUGCGUGUUCUGCCUCAGUCUAGGGCUAAAUACAUUAGAGUGGACCCCACUGCCUCUUCCACUCAGAGCCUCGACAAGUUCAUAAAGGAGUUGGCCAUUUCUGAGAUGAGUUAAUACCACUAACCUUGUCUGGAACUGAACUUUUUCACAUGAAUAGCACUGUCACUGGGGCAGUACCCCCCUUGUCACUUGUCACUACCUUUAAUCAGGGAACAUAAUUGUACCAUAAUCCAUUGAAAUUAUAUCUUCCAAGAUGUAUUGACUCUACAUUUCCUGCCUCAUCUGCAGCAUUUUAAUUUUAUUUUUCUGUUUUACAACAUUAGGUUAUAAAAAGACACAAACAUGUACUUUUCACCUGGGAAAAACUUAUUAAAGGUACAGAGUUGGACCUUAAAACCACUGUUGUACAUUUAAGGGGACAUUUAUAUUGUCUGUCCCUUGAUGGACAAAAAUGUAUCUGUAAGUUCUUAGAGCACUGUAAAACAAUAUCUCAGGAAAUACGUAGCUAUUUCCUGUAAUAACUUUCUGUGAGGUAUGCUUCAGACGUUCGGUUCCUAUCACCACUAUGUAUCAUGUUUCUUUCUUGACAAGUUUCUCUAAAAUUGUGCAUUUCACAUCAACUAUUCUAAAUGACUGUGUUUACAUCAAAA